CAAGUUUCAGGCAGGAAAAGGCAUUCGUGAUUGUUUGUUUCAAUAGUGUUCCAGUCUGUUAUGGAACACUGGCUACCAAAGAUGUACAAAUUAUUGUUCUGGAAAAUUUGAAAAUAAGCGGUUACGUCUUGUGGGAUAAGAAACAUCCAUUUACUAGGAAACACAUAGAUCUAGUAGUCGAAGAGUAUGCAAAGUUUCAUUCCCUCUCCAUUGCUCUGCAAAUCAACGAUCCUCAGAAGUUUAAGGAAUUAAGUGACUGUUUAGGUGACACACUUAAUGAGUUUGUAAAGGCGAACAACUUGGGAGUACUUUUUGGAAGAGCUGUGCUAGAAAUACACGAUUUACUAAAAGGUGAUCUGGAUGAAGACACGUUGAGUACGUGGAAAAUUUUGUACGAAAAAGCACACUUUAUUCUUGAAGAUAUGGUCGACAAAAAUGAAGCACUAACAGUAAUUCUGCAUGCCUCGUGUUGGUGUAACAAUUUCAUGUUUAAGUAUGCUAGUGGUGAGAAUCUUUUACCAAUCAGGGUCUCUAUGUUGGAUUGGCAAAUGUCAAGAACUUCAUCGCCGAUUCUUGAUUUGUCAUAUUUUAUUUUUUCUCACAUAUCCAGUGAAGACAUACAACAUAUGAGCGAUAUUUUAAAUGUUUAUUAUGAGAAAUUAAAACUCCAUUCAAGUCAGCUUGGGGCUGAUCUGCAUGAUUUCUAUCCGAAGCAACAGUUUCUAGACGACUGGCGAAAAUAUGUUAAGUUUGGUGCUCUAUAUUCAAGUCUAGUAUAUAAACUCUGCGCUACUGAAAAAGACGAAGUCAUUGAUGUCGCUGAUACUUCUGACAGUGGUAAAAACUUCACCGAGGCGUUUGCUUAUGAAGUUAAGAAUAAAGCUGCUUUUAAAAACCGAGCAAAACAUGUUGUAAAAUAUAUGGUUGAAAAUCAGCUAAUUUAACCAAAAAUCAGAAAUAUUUAAAUGAACAUGUUGUGUACCUACCUGUUAUUUCUUUGUUAUGAUUUAUUGCUUGUUUUGAAUUAAAAUUAAAACUUGCUUCCAUGUGCGUAAAUAAAAACGAAACCGCGAAGUUCCUCUAUAGCAAUAUAAGGUUCUCUAUUUCACAGGGAGGCCUAAAGAGAGAAAAUGUAAUCUACACAAGCACGGUAAGAAAAUGUACUGGAUUCCCAGACUUCUAAAGGAUAUUUCCAGAUAGUGCUAAAGGAAAUACAGCCAUGAUUCUUUUUUUUUUGGAGGACUGUGUAUUUAGUGGGUACCAAGGUGGUUAUUAGUGCUAAACUGGAAUGGGCAGGGAGUUAUUUUUUGUAUUUCCCAAAAACAGACAGAGUUUAUCCAGGCCUUAGGAAAUAAAUUAAUUGGGAGUAUUGGGACCAUUGUUAGUAAUAGUAAUACUACAACUAAUCUUUUCUACGUGUCUAGAACACGGCAAAAAGUAAAACUUAUGUUCAUAACUUCAUAA